UUAAAAGAAGCAAACCCACAUAAACCUAUGUAAUUUUGGCACAUUUUCAGUUUGGAAAAACAGGUAGGGCCUAUAUAUAACUUCGUGACACUAUAUCAUGUGAUCUGGAAAAGCAAAAUCUUUCAGAAAAAAUCAAAAUUCACAUCCUUACCACAAUUGCUGCCAUGGUUGCAUGAAUGCAGAAAAUACAAAACUGACGUCGCAGGAAAAUUGUUAUUUAAAAAAAAGGCCAUUAUUUCAGUACAUGUGGCAUGAACAUUCGUACCUCAAAAACCGUCUACGUUAAGUAACUCGCAUGAAAAGAAAGGAAAACAAUAAAAUGAACUACAUGUUAAAGUCCAUGAAAAAUGUACAGGUGGUUUGAUUUAUUCAAAGAGAUUAUUUUGAACCAAACAAAACGCAUGAGAAAAAUUGCAUUCUAUGUAGGCGUAUAGUUGUAUACAUUAGACACAACAGCUGCCAGCACAGCACUUUUCUGUCUUGUAAAUAUAUUUAUUCAAAACUACAUAUAGCAGCAGUUAUAAAUGCGUUGUUAGACCGAUCCUCAUUGCAAAUUACUUUCAGGAGAGAAAGAUGAUUCUGACGCCAUUUACUCCUAUGAGUAACCAUAUAAACCAAUAAUUCAAAUGCAUUUUACUCGGUUAAAAACAAUCCUUAAAUAAAUCCGAACAUUUUCUUCAACAGUUUUGCGUGGAGUUUUGUCAGAUAUUCAUGCUUCAUGCUGAUAUUUUCUUUUCUUUUAAACUAACGACCGCCCAAACAUUGUUAAGCAGGCUAAAGUUAUUAAAACGAUUACGAAAUAACACACCACCACCACUGUGUCUUUAGAGCUGCAAAAUAUCCAGUACGCAAUCGUAGUUAAUGGUUUGUUGUUUCUAGUUGUCUAGUUUAAACGUUUAACAUAUUGUCAUUAAAGUUUUUGUUACAAGUAUACAUAAUUUCCGGAACCUGAAAAGUAGUGGGGGUCAAAAGAUAUGGUGCCCCCCCCCCCCUUUAAAAGUGGAGGGGGGCAUGCGAGGGGGGAGGCUAUCCAAUCACGUUUUUGGACAUACGGUAAAAUCUGUUAUAUUAGUCCCAAGUAGAAUGAGGAAUUUUGCUUACAAGGGAUUUUUGUAUUAAGAAUAAAUCCUUACCUUUAGCGGCAAAAACGAGACAUAGUAAAAUUAUCAAAAGUCCCAUAUUUUUGAAGUUCUUCAUUUCUGCAUGCAUUUCGGAUCACGUACGUCGUUUAUGGAUCUUACAAUGUUCUUUACUGAUACAAAGUUGCAAAUACAACUAUGUGGUAGCAGUGAAACAACAAUUGUUUUUUUUACUCAAAAAAUUUAAACAGUUACAACAUUGUGUUAUUACGUGCCCAAGAUUAAAGUAUCAGAUGGAAAUAAAUCUCAUUAAUGGGCAAAGAAAAACCUAAAAACUGUUAAGUGGGGCAAAACAAAACAAAAAAAAACGGAAGAAAAAAACCCUUCAAAAUACCAGAUUAUCUCCCUUAGGAAGAGCAAAACUAAAACACGUUUCUUCCAGAGGGCGCUGUGAAAUUUGAAAACUGGGCCAUAAAGCCGCUUGUUGUUGCUGUAUUUCCAACGACCGGCGCCGAAUUCAGAUAUAUAUAUAUAUAUCUAAGUUUUUGCCCAGCUUCUUGCAUCGCCAUGGAUUUGUCCGCCUUUAAAAUCGAGCCCAUGGGCUACGAUAAAUUGUUUUCCCUUGGCCUGGUUCUGUUUUUCACGAUUUCGAUGCUUGUAGCGUCCUUUCUGUCUCGUAGGGUGUUUUUGUUAGCGAGCGGGUUUGGAGCGUUCAUCCAGGCUGUAUAUCUCUUGGUAAGGCCAGAUCUCGCCUUGACUGAUGUCGCCCAGUUGUUCGAAAAAAACGUGACCUUCGAUGGGGUGCACCUACACAUUGCGCGGUCAUGUGCGGCGGUGCUGCUUGUGGAGGCAGUAAUGCUGUAUCGGCUCAGUGACAGAGACUCAGACCCCACCAUUUUCACCAGUAUUGUCUGGUCACGUGUCGUGGUGUAUGUCUUGUCCACUGUGAACUUCGUGUACAGCUACCUGAAAGGGUCGCAUCCCAAAUCAAAGUCUGGUAGCCUCUGGACACAUGAUGACUUGAUGCUGUACUUGAUGGGAGUGGCAUUGAUGGUGGAGAUCUUUGGGGGUCUGUUCCAGCUGAUCCGAGUCUCCAGCUGGGGCGGUUACCCAGAAACAUUUACACGCCUCAACCUGCAUGUCAGACUUGACUACAUCUUCGUUCUCCUCAGCGGAAUUGCUACCUUCGCGCUCCCUCAUUGGUUCCUUUCACUAGAGACGACUGUGGAGAAGCCUGGCAUGCUGCACCUAUACCUGCUGAGGGUGACCGGGAUUUUGUUCAUUGGUUCUGGGCUCCUAAUGGGGCGAUCGCCCAAUUUCCUGCGAGACAACGACAAAGUCACCCUGCUAGAGUGCCGCAUUGUGCAAAACCUGCUGUUGAUACUUCUCCAGCUCUAUGCACAGAACUGGUACAGCGUCUUUACCAACAUGCACGCCUUCCUUGGCAUGGGAGGCGUGGCAGUCUGGACCAUUAACGCAGCAUUGGGGUACUGGUCCGUUAGGGGUUACCCCAAGCUUCAUGCGAACUGAAAACCUGAAGCGUAUUCAGAUUACUGCUCCCAGUUUCAUCUUACACCUGGCGUCCAAUAAAAUAAUUAUGGCAUUUUGGAGCAUUCGACAAUUACAUCAUGUUUAUCAGCAUAAAUAUGAAAACAGUUUUACAAUUGUCACACCUUUGAGGGGUGGAAUUUUUAUCAUGUUUGUUAUCAUGAAUAUGAGAAAAUUUUAGUCAUCAUUGCUACAACCAUGUUUUAUCAGCAUAACUUCAGAACUUCCCUGUGUAAUUUAGUCAUAGCAAAGAUUUCUACGGUAGAAAUUUAUUUUCAAAAGUUUUAGCUCUAUUUUUAACUGUUUUUAAAGCAGCUUUGCUGCAUGAAAAAGUUUACGGUAAACUUUUAAUUAAAAGAGGUCAAAGAUAAUUUGCUACAAUUGCUGAGGUACAAGUGGAAGCGUAAGUACUAAAAUCCAGUCUAUUUUGAUAAUCAAUUUUGUACAAAUUAACGAAUCUCACCCUUUUGAUCUCUUGAGAAGAAAAGGAUCUAUGGUUUUAUCCACAUACAUGUAAGUGUAACUUCCUUUCUUGAUGCUCAAUUUAUGAAGUUUUGAUGCAUUAUUCAAGUUGGCUUUUCGAAAUUUCUUUCCCCCAUUUUUUUCUUUGUCAAUAUAAAAUUUAAUCGUGACCAACAAAUUAUUCGUGUGAAGUGAAUAUUAUCUUGGAAGUCCAAGAAUUCAAAGUAGACCAUGUUUUCAUGUUACAUUUACUGUAGCGUAUUUGUGAGUGAUUGAGCCCUUUGAUUAUUACCUGCAGGGCCACGUAUAUGCACAAUAGGAUCAGCAAUAAGUUACCGUGAAUAAAUCCAUCAUUUCAAAUCAUUCAUUGAUUUAAUAUGCAAAUAAACCGUUCUUACAUGUGUUCCCACAACGCAUGCUGUGAUUAGAAUGGGGCUUUACAUCACUGCCAUCAUGGUAGACCGUUUCUUAUGUUUGACCUUUGGACCUUGUGUGGAUUAAUUGACCUUGGUUAAGCUUUUUUGAAACCUUAUGUGACUUGUGCUGUAAACCUUUCGGCAUUUUGUAUCCAUUUAUCUGUGUGCUGCCGUAUAUUUCUCCAUUAUUCAAAUGACAAAAAGAACGUGUUCUUUGUAAUUACUAAUAUAAUGCCUGUUUGAAAAAAAUGAUUGUAUUAAUUUUUGGAUCACUAGCUCUUCCUGUUUAUCACCUCAUCUUACUGAUGUUUAAUUUGACUUCUGUUAACACAUGAGUUUAUACUGUCACCUUAUAUACAGUCAAGAACCUUGGGAUGGUUGUGGGUUUCCUGCAGUCUCUGCCUGGUUUCCUCCCACCAUCAUGCUGGCUGUUGUCAUAUAAGAGAAAUAUUCUUGAGUAGGGCGUAAAACACCCAAGAGUAGAGGAAACAGGACUUGGGCUGAGGUGGGUAAAAGUUUGAUAUUGGAACUUUUUUAAAUCACUGUUCAUAGUCAUUUUAUGUAUACCAGUAGUCUGACUGGAUGAGUGAAAAUAGUUGAACAUGUAUGCAUGUUAACCUUUGUUCUUUUUGUCUGAAAUUUACAAAUUAAUGUUAAACAUUGGAGUUAUGAAUUUGCAUCUCAUGUUCCGGUCCCGUAUUGUAUUAAAAUGCAUUUUAUCUCAUCACUACUCUGGGACAGCCAUGCUGGUGGCUGAAAUAUACAUGUAGGUCAUAGGGCAGCCAGUGUCAAUAUUGCUCCAAUAUGUCUGACACUAUUACUCUUUUGAAUGUCUUCACUUUGCAAACCUAGUACGGAUAUUUGUGUUGACACCAUAGACAUUUUAAGUCAAUUUUUUUUCAGCAUAGGCUAAUCAGUGAUCAGGAUGAUUUUGCAAUGAUGGAUAUCAAAUGCCAAAUAAAAAGAUUUUUAGAAAGUUUUGAUGAAACCACUCAUGACGUUCCUGUUAUUGUAUUGGGGUAGAAUGGAAAUAACAUAAUUUUGAGUUUUGUUAGUCAUUAGAAAAAAAAACAAUCUGUGUUGCUUUUUUUGGAAAUUUUCUGAAUUUAGAACCUUGGAUGACUGAUUUUAAGGAAUUGAAUAAAGGCACCACUUCAGUGGUGGUGUGGAUUUCAUCUCUGUCAUCGAGUAAUCCUUAAAUCUCGGGUUUAAUAAUCCGAAAACUCUUAAUUCAAGUUCAGAAGGCAGCUCUCGACUACUGUAACUGAUAUUACUUUUGCGUGUUGUAGCAAAGCAAGGGAAGAGCUCUAAAAAUCAGAACUGUUGAACAGAUGUAAAAGUACAAGCCAUGACUAAGUCACUCCCGUGCUGGAUUCUGACAGUUACAUUUUUUUUUCUUGAAAAGUGAUUUUUAGAAGAAGGUAGGAUAAUGUCCAGCUGAAAAAAUUUAUUUUUUAUGGUGUGUAUUCGGCUCUUGAAAAACAGUUUUGGGUAAAUGUUUUAUCCUAAUAGUGGUAAAAUGUAGGUAGUAAAAUAUAGUGGUAAUUGUCUAGAUCAGCCAGCUAUGCUUACGUGUUAAGACCAUCUGUCUUGUUCUCACAGGUGUGAGAAGAAUGGCAUAUGCCUGAUGGCCCACAUGAGAACACUGUGUUCCAACCUUUGACCUCUUCCUUAGUAUAACUCUUUUAAGUGUAAUAAUUUUGAUUGUGUCGUACAUAACCUAUGUGUGUAACAUUGACAUGUAUACAAUAUUCUCUGUAUUAUAUAAUUGCUUUAGUGGAUUGUAGAUGUUCUUUGAAAGGUGUACUAAGAGUUAAGGUGUGAUAUAUGUUGACGUUAAUAAAUGUAUACUCUGAUAUACUCAUAUGGAGCAUAUGUUCAUGCAGUUCAAACUGCCAAUCACAUGUACACGUCCACCCUAAUUCUUUAAAUUUUUGGGACGGAUAUUAGUCGUGUUUAAGGUAGGAUAUUACAUUUCUUUACCAGCCUUUUGGAAAAGUAAAGAUAUGAAGAUUUUUCAUUAGAUGGUCUAACCUCGUGAGAAAAAUACUCAAUAUUCCUGCUACAAUUUCAUAUAUAUUGGUUAAAGUGAGCAAACCAGGUGUUACAAAAAUUAGAAUAAGGGAGGUAGUUUAAUUAACUCUUAAUACACUUUUUUGAAGAACUAGGCCCUGUAUUUUAGUUAAUUUACAUAGGUAUUUAUUAGUGGAGUGAAAAAAACAAUAUAUCAGGACUGCCUCGCCGUUUAUGAAAACAACGAUAUAUAGAUUUUGUUAAAGACUUUCCAGCAUGCCAUCAUUCACACUGUGAAAAAACAUUUAUUGGUUAUAUGUGAGAAGAAAAAAACCCCACAGAAAAUGACAUGGAUGCAUGCUAAAUUAUGCAAGAGUUGACACUCAACCAUUUUUUUACAUGUACAGUUUUAACUGCAUGUUUGCUUUUCUUUUUCGUGUUGUGAACAGUUUUAGGUGUUUAGAUAAUAUAUGCGCCUUUGUGGUCUCUUACAUGUAAUUUUCCCUCUAGAACGCUAAUACUUCUUUUUUUGUCAGAAGUGACAAUUCAGAUGUCUGUUACGGAUUUAUGGAAUUUUUUAAACUCACCUAUCAAUGUUUUAGGUAAUUGGCCUGUUAGUUCCACUUCCCCCUGAGUU